AUGACGAUCUAUCAGUUCUUGAGACUUUUUGUUCUCUGGGCAUGCCUACCCCACUUCUGCUCUCCUGAGUUAAUGUUCAGAAGGACUCCUGGGCUUCAGCAAAUGAUUGCAGAAGCCCGCGUCCCAAGAAGUGAUGGUAAAAUCCUUCACCGCCAAAAACGUGGCUGGAUGUGGAACCAGUUCUUCUUACUGGAAGAAUAUACAGGAUCUGAUUAUCAAUAUGUAGGCAAGCUUCAUUCAGACCAAGAUAAAGGAGAUGGAUCGCUCAAAUAUAUUUUAUCUGGAGACGGAGCUGGUACUCUUUUUAUUAUUGAUGAAAAAACAGGUGAUAUUCAUGCCACAAGACGAAUUGAUAGGGAGGAAAAGGCCUUUUAUACUCUACGUGCUCAAGCUAUUAACAGAAGAACUCUGAGGCCAGUAGAACCAGAGUCUGAAUUUGUGAUCAAAAUCCACGAUAUCAAUGACAAUGAGCCAACAUUCCCAGAGGAAAUUUAUACUGCUAGUGUUCCUGAAAUGUCCGUCGUAGGUACUUCUGUGGUGCAAGUCACAGCUACCGAUGCUGACGACCCUUCCUACGGGAACAGCGCCAGAGUCAUAUACAGCAUCCUUCAAGGGCAGCCUUAUUUCUCUGUGGAGCCAGAAACAGGUAUCAUCAGGACAGCUUUACCAAACAUGAACCGAGAGAACAGGGAACAGUACCAGGUGGUCAUACAGGCCAAGGACAUGGGUGGCCAGAUGGGGGGUUUAUCCGGUACCACCACGGUGAACAUCACACUAACAGAUGUCAAUGACAACCCACCUCGCUUCCCUCAGAAUACCAUCCAUCUUCGAGUUCUUGAAUCCUCUCCAGUUGGAACAGCUGUUGGAAGCGUAAAAGCAACCGAUGCUGACAUGGGAAAAAAUGCUGAAGUAGACUACCGCAUUAUUGAUGGAGAUGGGACAGAUAUGUUUGACAUUAUAACUGAGAAGGACACACAGGAAGGCAUCAUUACUGUGAAAAAGCCACUGGACUAUGAGAGCCGGAGACUUUACACUCUGAAGGUCGAGGCAGAAAAUACCCAUGUGGAUCCUCGCUUUUAUUAUCUAGGGCCAUUCAAAGAUACGACAAUGGUGAAAAUUUCCGUAGAAGAUGUGGAUGAGCCCCCUGUUUUCAGCCGAUCCUCUUAUCUGUUUGAAGUUCAUGAGGACAUUGAAGUGGGCACAAUCAUUGGCACUGUCAUGGCAAGAGACCCCGAUUCUACUUCCAGUUCCAUCAGAUUCACUUUGGAUCGCCAUACUGACCUUGACAGAAUUUUUAACAUUCAUUCUGGAAAUGGAUCGCUCUAUACUUCAAAGCCCCUGGAUCGUGAACUGUCUCAAUGGCACAAUCUUACUGUUAUAGCUUCUGAGAUCAAUAAUCCCAAAGAGACAACUCGUGUGUCUGUUUUUGUGAGGAUUUUGGAUGUGAAUGACAAUGCUCCACAAUUUGCUGUGUUUUAUGACACAUUUGUAUGUGAGAAUGCCAGACCAGGGCAGGUGAGCAACCAACUGAUCCAGACCAUAAGUGCGGUUGACAAAGAUGAUCCCUUAGGUGGUCAGAAGUUUUUCUUCAGUUUGGCUGCUGUUAAUCCUAAUUUCACAGUACAGGAUAAUGAAGAUAAUACUGCCAGAAUUUUAACCAGAAAAAACGGCUUCAACCGACACGAAAUAAGCACCUAUCUAUUGCCUGUGGUGAUAUCUGACAAUGAUUACCCAAUUCAGAGCAGCACUGGCACCCUGACCAUCCGAGUGUGCGCCUGCGACAGCCAAGGCAACAUGCAGUCCUGCAGUGCGGAAGCCCUGCUCCUGCCUGCUGGCCUCAGCACCGGUGCCUUGAUAGCCAUUCUCCUCUGCAUCAUAAUUCUGCUGGUUAUAGUAGUCCUCUUUGCAGCCCUGAAGAGGCAGCGGAAGACCGAGCCUCUGAUCUUAUCUAAAGAGGAUAUCAGAGACAACAUUGUGAGCUAUAACGAUGAAGGUGGUGGAGAGGAGGACACCCAGGCCUUUGAUAUUGGUACCUUGAGGAAUCCUGCAGCUAUCGAGGAGAAAAAGCUCCGGCGUGAUAUUAUUCCUGAAACGUUAUUUAUACCACGGAGGACUCCUACAGCCCCCGAUAACACGGACGUCCGGGAUUUCAUUAACGAGCGGCUCAAAGAGCAUGACCUGGACCCCACCGCGCCUCCCUACGACUCACUGGCCACCUAUGCCUAUGAAGGAAACGACUCCAUCGCUGAAUCUCUGAGCUCAUUAGAAUCAGGUACCACUGAAGGAGACCAAAACUACGAUUACCUCCGAGAAUGGGGACCUCGGUUUAAUAAACUAGCAGAAAUGUAUGGUGGUGGCGAGAGCGACAAAGACGCUUAG